AUGCGCGAUGCGAUCCGGGCUGCAACCCAGGGCAGCGUGAUGGACUCUGAGGAACGAUCCUGUUUAAGAUCGGAUACUUUUGUAUUUACACAUCACGACCUGGCACCUCGGAAUGUCCUUCUUUCACCCUCAGAAUUUGGAUUUUUCUUGUUCACCGAGAAGUUUGCCUACCGUAUUGUGGAACUGAUUUGUUGA